CAAAGGUACAGGAGAAAUUACGGUUUCGGGCUUUAAUAGAAGCUAGUCCCGCUCGACGUUGUUUAGGAGAUGCGAAGCAUUCUUGCUUUUUAUUCAAAAGCCGACGGGACAAACCACAACAUCAGGUUUAAAUCUUGAUCUUGUUCUAUUCAACCAGCGCGUACUGUUCUUCUGCAUGCUGACAAACACUGCCAUCUAUUCCCCGAUAUUUUUACAAGUUCUCAGUACGAUCAUAAGAAAAAUCAAAUGUUUAUACGUUUUGCCAACUAAAACUACAACAACUGCAUAAUUUUCACAAAUAUUUUUUAAGUCAUUUUUGUACAACAGAGUGCUAGUAUCUUUGUAACGGCGUUAGACGAAAAGAGCGUGGGAACUGUGCUGCCCAUAUUCCACGACGCCCAGCAACACGUGGGUAAAAUAAAAUGGGAGACACGAAGGCUGCUAAUGGACAUGCAGAUCGAGAAUCCGAUUCAAGACUAGCAAAACGACCACGACUUCUUGAAGCGAAUCAAGUGAAAAAUAAGGCAAUAGUGGUUUUGGGUGCCCAAUGGGGUGAUGAAGGAAAAGGCAAAGUGGUCGACAUGCUCGCCGGUGAUGUCGAUAUUGUAGCCCGAUGCCAGGGAGGUAACAAUGCUGGUCACACUGUUGUAGUAGGCGACAAAGAAUAUGAUUUCCAUCUACUGCCCAGUGGUAUCAUUAACCCAAAAUCCAAAUCAAUCAUUGGCAAUGGUGUGGUUAUCCACUUACCCCAAAUGUUUGAAGAACUCCAAAAAAAUGAAGCUAAAGGAUUGACACAUCUGAGGGAUUGCCUUUUGAUUUCUGAUAGAGCACAUUUGGUGUUUGAUUUCCAUCAACAAGCUGAUGGCUUACAAGAACAAGAAAAAGGCGGUAAAUCAUUAGGAACAACAAAAAAAGGCAUUGGUCCAACAUACUCCUCCAAAGCCACGCGUAAUGGAAUCCGCGUUGCUGAUUUGAUAGGUGAUUCGCAAGUCUUUUCGGAAAAAUUGCGUACCCUGGUUGCAGCUUAUCAACGCAUGCUACCUGACCUGAACGUAGAUAUUGAGGCCGAGCUAGAAAAAUAUAAGGAGUAUGCCGAGCAAGUCCGUCCGUUCGUCGUUGAAACCAUCUCAUAUUUGAAUGGUGCCAUAAAGGCAGGGAAAAUGGUCUUGGUUGAAGGGGCUAAUGCUGCCAUGUUGGAUAUUGAUUUUGGCACUUAUCCCUAUGUCACCUCAUCAAACUGCAGUGUCGGGGGUGUUUGCACAGGGCUUGGUCUACCGCCAUCGCUUAUUGGUGAUGUUUAUGGCGUAGUCAAGGCUUAUACAACACGUGUUGGAGAUGGCCCGUUCCCCACCGAGCAAUUGAAUGAAAUUGGGGAAUUGCUCCAAACACGUGGAGGCGAGAUCGGUGUGACUACCAAGCGGAAAAGACGUUGUGGAUGGUUGGAUCUAGCAGUUCUACGCCAUACGCACAUGGUGAACGGCUAUACAGCUAUUGCCCUAACCAAGCUGGAUAUUCUGGACGUUUUGCCGGAGAUCAAAGUUGGUGUUUCAUAUAGCCUUAAUGGGAAAGAGCUGAACCACUUUCCAACGAGUACCACCGAACUUGCUGCCGUUGAGGUUAAUUAUAUAACAUUGCCUGGAUGGGAGGUGUCCACCGAAGGAGUUAGGACUUUCGAUGACCUGCCUGAGAAUGCUCGCAAAUACGUGGAACUAAUUGAAGAAAAACUAGAACUGCCAGUGCGAUGGAUUGGGGUAGGCAAAGAUCGAGGAUCUAUGAUUCAACUUUAUUAGUGCGAAAGAAUGUGCAGAUUAACUUAGGAGGUGUAAGACGGGGCGUCGUUAUAUCUCGGGAUCAGAGCAUCUGUCAUUUGGGGAUUUUUUUUUUUUUUCUUUUCUCUUCAUGUUCACGUAAUAUUUCUAACUCUCGACGAUGAGAUACUAGCGGUAGUCGUUGGCUAAUAAUCUUGCCAAGGAAAAUAAGUGAUUGACGGUCUGUAGGACAUCCGCACAGUCAUCCGUUAUUUUUUAAGUCGGAAGUAAUCUGAUUCUUCUCUCCGUUUUACCUCCUUAGAUAGCUGUUCAAUUUUACACGUGUAACUUUCUUCUCAUUUGUGCACUACUAACUAAACAACCACUUCUUAUAUGUAUCAUUUUCAUUUCUUCAAUGUUUACUUCAGUUUCAUACCAACGUUUUGUAUUCGUAAGCACAUUGCUGGAUAAGUACACACAUCAACCGAC